UUCUUCCGUUGCUUAGUUACUAACACUCUUUGAUUCUCUUCUUCUUCUUCUUCCCUUUUAUACCACACAGGUGAACUCUUUGUGACGGUCUCCACUUAGACACAAACAAGUAAAAAAACAGCAGGAAGAUCAUCUCAGAUAUCGUGAAGAAUGGCGGAUUGGGGGCCCGUGGUGAUAGCGGUGGUGCUGUUCGUGCUGCUGAGUCCGGGGCUGCUGUUCCAACUGCCGGGGAAGGGCAGGGUGGUGGAGUUUGGGAACAUGCAUACGAGCGGGAUAUCGAUCCUCGUGCACACCAUCAUCUUCUUCGGCCUCCUCACCAUCUUCCUCAUCGCUAUUGGUGUUCAUAUCUACACUGGAUGACCAUUACCUUAAUUUCCUUUUUAGAGAUUUGCUUAUCAUAUCUUUUAAUUUCAAUAUGCAUGUUAGGCAAUUUAUUUGAAACCCUGUUCAGAUUGUUUGUUUUGAAUUUGAGCAGGACUGUUAGAUUUUCUAAGUUUUUCCUUAUGAUCGAUAAAAAAAAUUGGUGAGGAUGUGUUUCUUAACCUGGGGAAAGCAUGUACUUCUCUCGACUUCUUUUUUAUGUGUGGAGUUUCUUGUAUUUUCCAAUUUUCGUUCAACGUUAUUGGUUUUUUACAUUUAAAGAGUCAUUCUUUGUUAUUUAUGAAUUAUAACAUGAUGACAAAUAUACAAAGUAACUCGUUAAAAUCACAAAAGAAAAUGUUUUGCUCAUUUCUUAAACUGUAAUUUUUAAAACUGUAGGCCCAAAAAAGAGAUUAUUUUUUAUAGUUACAUGACGAAUGAAUAAAUAAUCAUUUAUUUUUAAAUUUGAUAUUAAAAAUCAGAAUUAAUGUAUGUAUAUGCUUCUAAUGUUUUGCAUUGAUAUCAAAUUUAAAACUGAAUGAUUAUAAAUUCUUAAUCACUAUGUAAUCAAGAAAACGAAAUUAUAUUCCAGCGUGUGAAGCACUAUUUGCCCCUUUCCCUGCUUGCUUUCAAGCUGAACUGAGUCGAUUGACCCAUGCCAAUGAGAUCUAGACAAAACCACCCCAUUGCCGGUUUUAGAACACUUGGCAGUUUGAUAUCAUUUUCCUUUGGGCUUUUGACAUCUUCACAAGCUUCCUUCGUUGUAACUUGUACACUUGUAUCGCUUCCAUUUUAAUGCACUCCUACUGACUUGUUCAUUCAA